AUAGCGGUCCUGCGGCCAGAGCGCCCCAGUCCGCGGGACAGCGGCCGCGGCGGCCGAAGAGCACGAACCCCUUCACGCGCUCGCAGGAGGAGGACUGGCGGCGGCGGAACAGGACGGUCCUCACGUACGUGGCCGCGGCCGCCGUGGGCAUGCUGGGGGCGUCCUACGCCGCCGUGCCCCUUUAUCGGCUCUAUUGCCAGACUACUGGACUUGGAGGGUCAGCAGUAGCAGGUCAUGCAUCAGACCAGAUUGAACACAUGGUACCUGUUAAGGAUCGCAUCAUUAAAGUCACCUUUAAUGCAGAUGUGCACGCAAGUCUCCAGUGGAACUUCAGACCUCAGCAAACAGAAAUAUACGUAGUGCCAGGAGAGACUGCACUGGCGUUUUAUAAAGCUAAGAAUCCUACUGACAAACCAGUAAUCGGAAUUUCUACAUACAAUAUUGUACCAUUUGAAGCUGGACAGUAUUUCAAUAAAAUACAGUGCUUCUGCUUUGAAGAACAAAGGCUCAAUCCACAAGAGGAAGUAGAUAUGCCAGUGUUUUUCUACAUUGAUCCUGAAUUUGCUGAAGAUCCAAGAAUGGUGAAUGUUGAUCUCAUCACUCUUUCUUACACGUUUUUUUGAGGCAAAGGAGGGGCAUAAAUUGCCAGUCCCAGGCUAUAACUGAAGUCAGCAGCAAGUCCUGCUUCAAAUUUGUGAUUUUUGAAAAAUCAUGUAACUUGUCUUCUCAGGGAAAAAUAGUUACAAUAACUUGAAGCCUUCUAUUUUAAAUAUUAUGUACUGAUGGUUCUUUUUUUUUCCCAACUAAUUUACCCUACUUAGAAUGUAUUACUGUUCAAAACCAUACUUAGAGUUUAAGUAGUAUUAAAAGAAACUGCAUUGUUUCUCAAAUACGUUGGUGUGGACUGAUGAUUCAGCUUGAUUCACUGGUUCUCUUUCAAAUUAGUAGCACUUCAUAUUUGUAGCAAUGAAUUUUUUUUAUUUCUAGAAUACUGGGUUACUACUUUCAUUAUGAAUAGUCACUAUUUUAAAAGCUCAAAAUGGACAAAGAUUACAUUCUGAUUUCAAAUUUCACUGUAUUUUUCCUUUAAGAUCUAGGGCUAUUUUACAUUCAGAGUACUGAAUAAUUACUUUGAAAUCUUGGUACCAUGAAAGUUAAAUAAAAUGCAUAACUAUAUCCACUAGGCUUCUAGCAUUUCUUGUUACUACAGUUCCAAGUCCCUGAAUGUUAAAAUAUAAGUGUCAGAUUAUGAAGGUUUACUGACAUUAGAAAUUCUUCCCUGAAAAAAAAAGUAUUAAAUUGUUUCAAUCGUAA